GAAUUUGAUGAAUAUGCCGGGAUAUUCGACCCUGAGUAUCACAUCCCACCACUAAUAUGUGCUGUUAUUAUCAUUGGAUUAAACGCAUGGGCAAUUUCAUUGGUGAAAACAUUUUCCAACCUACAAACAAACAUGAACCUCCUCCUUAGUAGCCUGGCCUUUUCCGAUCUCCUCACCGGGUUACUCAGCAUACCAUCACACGUAGCUUGUGACAUCAUAAGGAAGACUCCAGUUUGCGUUGCGUCCCAACUGAUGAUGAGAUUCACAUCGGUGUCUACAAUCUCCCACUUGCUUGCCAUCACCAUAGACCGCCACAUCGGUGUAAAGCACUCGCUGCGCUAUAACGUAGUUGUGACAAAACGGAGAGUUUUCAUCACUUCAGCUUUCAUAUGGUGUUCCUCAAUUUUCACCUCCCUUAUUCAGCUCGCUUGGAUAGACUACAAAAGAGAGGAUGUCGAUGAGGAGGAUGAUGACAUCAUCAAACAUGAAAUCCGUUAUGACGUCACUUGGCUGAUAUUAUACUUCUUGCUGCCAUUUGUGAUCAUGACAGUUGUUUAUGCCGACAUUUUCAUGGCAAUUUUGCGUCAAUAUCGUCACAUAAAGCGUUACAACAAUCCCGGAUGGCUGGAGACUAAGAGACGAACUCACAGUGAAUGGAGAGCAGUAAUCAUAUUUUCUAUAAUGUUGCUUGUGUUUGUGAUUUGCUGGUUGCCUUUCUUUGCUCUUCGCCUUCACAAUAACCUUGGUUCCAACGUUUUUGAAAUUUCCCCCAUACUUGUAUAUCUUUUUAUUUAUCUGAGGUUUUUUACCUCCAUAUUUAAUCCAUGUGCUUUUAUUCUUGCUAAACGAGACUUUCGUCAAGCGAUCAGUGCUUCACGAAGGAUCCUUUUUACACGACUGAGAUCAAAUUCCCUGCACUCAUCUGUAAAGACAACUACUGUUUAACACGACUUAAGCCCUGAAUACUAGCAUGCACAUUCCUCACACCCUUUCCUCACUUCUCCUUUGGUGCCAAGAAGGAACAAUGGUACAAACAGGGAAUCUUUGGGCGUUGGCCAGGAUAAGUGAAUUUCACUAAAUCUAUUCUUAGAGGUUGUAAUUAAAAGGAAGUCUAAUUCUUGAGACGUCCACACAUGUUAAUCGACUAUUUUACGUCAUCAAGUUCACUCGCGACUGUCUCAUAGCAAACGGUGCAGAAUAUUGUAACGGUCACUGUUGAAUUCUCCCCUAAAAAAAAGGUUUCGGACUUCUCGCUUCGAAAACCAUCUUCCGAACUUUCAAGCGUUUAAUUGGUCUAAAAUAACUUUGGUGAAAUUCACAUGUCCCAAGAGCCAGACUGGGCGUUUCCUCUGUUCCAUUAUCCUCUCUUACUGGUGCUGAUAACAAAUCUCGUUAAUACGGACAAUGAAGGGGCCACAAAAAGUGUCUGUAUUAUUAGACAGCUCUAGACUCUAAGACGAGAACGACUACGAGUACGAAAUUUUCUCAAUACUAAGUAGUGCGCACGCGUGAACCAGCGUCAUUUUGGUGAGAAAACGUGUUAGCCGUCGUCACUCUACUACGAGUCUUAGAGAGAAUGUCGAAGUGGCGGGAACAAGAUGUCAUGUGUUAGAAGUUUUAUCAUUUUUUGAUCUUGAGGAGGCGUAACCUCCUUCACUAAAGAUAACAGUUUUAACUUUUCUAGUGAAAAAUGGUAAAAUGAAGCUUUCCGGGGUCUCUAUAUUUUGAGAAUACGCGAAAAACCUUUCAGUCAAAUCUCGUACUCGUGGUCGCUCUCGUCCUCGAAUCUAAAGGUCUCUAUUGAAUUCAACAGUAGAAAAUACUAAGGGAAUAAACGAGGAUAUCGUCGAGUUAAACAUCUCUAACCUUCACAAAGCCCUUUUUCUGCGGACUAAAUCCACGAAAACACUCAAAAAUUGCUUAUCUAUGUAUUUCUUAAUCAAAACCGUCCUCUGCAUAACUCUAAUAAGGAAGCCAAAAUAGUCUAGCUAAAAUUGGCGACUACAAAUCAUCCUAUCAGGUGUAUACUAUAGCGUUGGGAAUAUCGAAAUGCUCUCAACUGAAAGGAAAGUUGUAUUACAGGAAAAUGUUGAUAAUGAAGUGUCCGCAUUAGCGAGGUUGAUUUUCUAUGAGAAUCUGUUGAUUGGACAAGAAACUAGUGUCCAUUGUCGGCAUUAAUGGGUAUCCGUAUUAAGCGGGUUGAAUUGAGAGAAAAUGUAAGGGUUACCCCAGGAAACAAAGAGAAGUGUCCGUAAUAACGAAGUGUCCGUUUUAGGGGGGUGUCCGAAAAGUGGGGUUCGACAGCUAUAAUUUCCUUUUUUCUCAUUAUAAUAAACAGUGAUAUUUUGGGGGAAACUAGUUUCUUAUCAAUCUUAGGGUUUUAAGGCUGAUGAACCUUUAGAGUUCUUGGCAUGUGUGUCUUGCAAUACCGACUCAAAUUGUGCGGCCAUCAGAGGCCAAACCCUAUUUAUAAUAAGUUCCCCCAGAGCGAGUGCAUCCUCAGUACCCCUGAGUUACGUCACAAUGCAUUAUUCGCCAUGCAGUUGUCACUUAUGAACUGCUGUGACGUCAACGCCAUGUGAAAAGAUCGUUUCUUGCCAAGAGUGAUAAUUUCGGAUAAAGUUUUUAAAAUGUAGAACGUUUUUCGUUUGAUACCCCUUUUAAAAUUUCUUCUGUAGUCUCAAAUACGGCCUCUAUUAUGGGAGAAUAUUGUUAAGUACUGGUCUUAUAUGAUGCUCAUAAGUCAUUGUAAGAACAUUAUUGUAGACUUUGACGCCUACCAUUUGACUUUUGAUUUGGUUUGGGUAAAUUUUCUUUCCCAAACCUCUGGUGAUAGAAUUUUUUCCUGACAUAAAACAGAGUAAGAAUUUUUUUUCAAUGUAGGAAUUUUGUUUUCGUCAGGUAUUUCCUUUCAAGAAUUUUUUUUUGCUCGAAUCAUUCUGCAGAAUUUUUUUUUUCUGAAAUCACCCAUACCCCCCCCCCCAAGCCAUUGACUAAGUAUUUAUUCUAUCUGCCCAGGCUAAUUCGUGCCUAUCUAAGUAGAGCACUAUAAUUAAAGUCCAAGCUCCUUACUGCGUUAUUCGUAAUGAUGAGUAAAGGAUGAUCGCUAUUCCUAAAUUGAAUUUUACCUUAAAUUAGAAUUUGACCGGCAUUGCGCAUGUCUUUCAGAAACGAAAAAUAAAAAGGAAAAAAGUGUGAUGAGUUCUGAGAGGUUUCUUUACUAAUUAGCUUUAAUGUGACCACAGACCACAGUACUCUUUGACAUCUCUUUUACUACUUGGAGUAAAUAAGCCUUUUUGGUUACAGUAUUAGCCUUACUUGUAUCCUUACGCCUCGCCCACACGUACCUAUUCGAAUUUUUUUUGGAAACGGAUAUUUUUUCUCAUUUUCCGAAAAAUUUGUGUCUAUACACUGUAUUCGAAUCGUUUUCGCACGUCCACUCCUCGAAAACGCUGAUGAAACAAUGGAAAUAUGAUAGCAUCCCUUACAGGCUACGCGCCGUAUGAUAAAACGGUAAGCCAGUGUUUUAAAAAAGCUCCAGAUUUUGGGAGAAAAAAUUAGAAAACCUGCUUUUUUGGUACCUGAAAACGCCGUUUAAGUGUAGUUGGAAGGCAAAUGGAGGAAAAACAUCUUCGUUUUUAAAACUUUCUGGAUACGUGUGGACCGGGCCCAGUAGUAUAACCGUUCGUCACUGAGUUCUCGGAAUAAGCUCAGCGUGCUUUGGCGUGCUGCAAAUUCAGUACCACGAUGCAAAGCGAGCGGGAGGUGGCAGAAUGGCAAUGGCAAUGAUCAUGGGAUUCCGAUUGCGAAUCGAGGGGGACUUAUUUUUUUGCAAAUCAAGGCCUGAUACCGAGGUGUUAGUAUAGUUACCCGGUAUAAGUGAUGUUUUUGCGUUAGAGCAAGCAACAACACACAACAUAGUUUAUAUCCACUGUCAGCUUUCAAAACAGCAAUUGCUUUAUUCGUUCCAGAAUGCUAAUGGAAAAUGACUUGUAUUUGCAAACUGAAAGGAGUGCAUUAUUAACAAAUUAAUUCUACCAGAUCAAAGAAUAUAAGGAGACUAACAGUAACUAAUAAAAUUUGCUAGGAAAGUACUCUGUUGGACUUACUUUAUUUAUCACAAGUACGUUAUUUUAUUUAUUUAUUUAUUUAUUUAUUAUUUAUGCUGUUUUAAAAGCCGUUACAUGACAUGUGCGGCUUAAUUAAGAUUCAGCUGACGCAGAUUAAUGUCGCGGUCAACUUACGUUGUAUUUCAUUCACUAAAAAGUUCUCUUUCCUAUGUAGAGCACAAUUCAGUAGGGAUAAAAAUGAGUAUGAGCCAUAAAAAACUGGUUUCUUUUUUACAUAAUUACUUCUUACCUAUUCUGGCCAUUCUUUGUAAAAGUGCGACUAAUGGAUAUGUUCUAGUUAUUUAAAUUUUCUAUUAAACGUGAAAGUGGUCAGCAAUUUGUUGCUCCUCAUAUUUUAAAUGUCUAAUUAACAAAACAAGAAGUUGAUUUCAUUGGCAGUUGGAAAUAGCAUACACUUCUCGCUCCGGAAGAAUUGAAAAUGCGUCAAAACUGAAACUAAUGGAAAAUACAUUUGUUGCUAGGUCAUUAAUACCUGAUUCCGAUUCAACAUCGCCUCACAUUGAAAAAAAUCUUUUUGUGUAUGAAUAGGAAAGCCAUCUUCUAUUGACAGCAAACGGCUGUACAUUCUUAUAAGCCAUAACGCUUCAUUAAUGUUUUGAAUCCAAGUUCUACCAGGCUUCUGGUGUAUUCAGCAUUGAAAACGGAGUGAGUUUGAGUUUUUUUCUUCUUUGAGUUUAGUUUCUUUUCAUGUUUGUUAUAAGUAGACUAAAUGCCUUGAUUUGAUUUGAUUUUUUUGUUUACUUUCGGGUCGUCAUUCUCCAUUUUCUUUGUUUUUUGAAGACGGGAAGUUAAUGCAACUUAGACCGCUCCCCGACAUUUGAAAGAUUACUUCGUCAUGGCGCAUAUCAGCUCUAAAAAUAACAGGUCCGAAGGUAAGCCUAUCUAGGUAAUCCAUAAAAUAUUACGGCUAAUACAGUAGCUUUGAAAUGGAAUAAAAAGCAAUAGAUGUAUAGAUUAAAAAUGAAAUCUGAAGAACAUAUCAUUUUAUACUUUUAGAACUCCGACGAUUAGUCCAAUCAGCUAAAAGAUUAGAUUGCACCUCUGAUAUAAAGGCUAUAUUUUGUAGAGGAGGAGUGUUACAGAAUUGAUAAAAAUUGAAAAAUUUUGUUAAGAAAAGUAAACAGCACAGACCGUAGAGAUGAAUAAUUCUUUGACCAGUGUAUUUUUUAUUCUAUCAUCAAAGCUGCCGAACAGUAUGAAUUUUACGAAGGCUUUUUUGAUCCGAAAGCAGAUGUCCUUCCGAUCUUCCUGGCUGUGUUGAUCGUAUUCGUCAACGGAUUGGUUCUGGUGCUUAUGGCACGACAGAAACACCUUCGAUCGAUCACCAAUUUGUUGCUUUGCAGCCUGGCAGUUUCUGACCUCUUAACAGGCCUGGUUUCUGUGCCUCUAUUUAUCACGUGUAACAUCGUCCGCCAAUCAGUGGUUUGCAUCAUUCAAGAUCAGAUGUCUCGUUUUAUUUCGUCGUCGAUCGUAUGUCACCUGCUGUCUGUUACGACUGACAGGUAAAAUUAAAAUUUCUGUAAAAUAAUCAUUUGUCUUCCAAAAAUGGCGAAAAAAAUGAGGACACUUGAAAACUUAAGAUGUUAUCCUUGUCUUAAGAAAUUAUAAAAAAAAAAAAACAGCUAAUAACAAUAAUAAACAAACAGCUAGUACCAUUCAGGUCCCGUCAACAACGGAACACUUACGGAGAGAAGGAGAGAGAAGGGUGGGGGAGGGGGGAGUGUAAAAUGAACGCACCGUUAGCCUCAGGUUUGCUAGUCAGAUAACCAUUUCGAACUGAAGUAAAAUAAGGACUCUUUACCUUUUACCUUUUUUGCUACCGGUUGUGUUACUGAAGAGGAUUCAUUAUAGGAUUUCAUCCAUAGGCGUAAACGUUACAACAAAUAGCAACUUGCAAUUGUAUAAGUACUACUGAAGAAUUUAAUUUGGAAUUAUGGUAACCGACUAGGAUUUUAUCAGUCUGCAGGCCCACCUAACGUUUAAGUAGUUAGUUUGCGAAUUCCACCUAUCUUACUUCUUUCAGAUAUAUGGCCAUAAUAUAUCCUCUCCAUUACACAACUUUUGUUACACGACCCAGAUGCAUCCUGGUUAUCCUGCUCAUUUGGCUGUUGUCGGCGGUUACUGCUUUAGUACAGCUUGUUUGGCUCGACCCAUUCCACCACAAUCUGGAUGAAGAACCAACUGACUACGUCAUGAGAGCCGAACUUAUUUACGACAUUGUGUUCCUCGUGUUGUUUUUUGGACUUCCAUUUAUCUUCAUGAGCUUUACAUACAUUUGUAUUUUCGCUGAAAUCAUUAGACAGGGCCAAAACAUUCAGAAACAAUGCGUGCCGUGUUUGAAUAACAAGCGGAAACAAAGACGUCAUGAAAGAAAAGCGGUCUUAAUUUUUGCCGCCAUGUUGUGUGUGUACAUAAUCUGUUGGCUUCCUUAUUUUGCACUUCGGAGGAUAGAUUAUUCAGAAAUUCCCUUAUCCUUGGCAUAUGUAAUAUAUUGGUUUAGGUUCCUUGCAUCGCUGCUGAAUCCCUGUAUGUAUAUUCUGGGAAAACAAGACUUUCGUAAAUCUCUUUUUUUUGUAAAGGUAACCCGCUAG